GAGAAGCUUGAUUCUUUGCUCUCAGACUACGAUAUCCUCUCUUUGUCUAAUAUCCAGCAGCACUCUGUAAGGAAAAGGGACCUACAGUCUGCGACGCACUUAGAAACACUGCUAACUUUUUCAGCUUUGAAAAGGCAUUUUAAAUUAUACCUGACAUCAAGUACUGAACGCUUUUCACAAAACUUCAGAGUUGUGGUGGUGGAUGGGAAAGAAGAAAGUGAGUACAGUGUAAAAUGGCAGGACUUCUUCAGUGGACACGUGGUUGGUGAGCCUGACUCUAGGGUUCUAGCCCACAUAGGAGAUGAUGAUGUUACAGUAAGAAUCAACACAGAUGGGGCAGAGUAUAACAUAGAGCCACUUUGGAGGUUUGUCAAUGACACUAAAGAUAAAAGAAUGUUAGUUUAUAAGUCUGAAGAUAUCAAGGAUGUUUCACGUUUGCAAUCUCCAAAAGUGUGUGGCUAUUUAAAAGCGGAUAGUGAAGAGUUGCUUCCAGAAGGGCUCAUAGACAGACAGCCAUCUGAAGAGUUUGUUCGUCGAGUGAAGAGACGAGCUGAACCUAAUCCCCUGAAGAAUACUUGUAAAUUACUGGUGGUAGCAGAUCAUCGAUUUUAUAAAUACAUGGGCCGAGGAGAAGAGAGCACCACGACCAAUUACUUAAUAGAGCUAAUUGACCGAGUAGAUGACAUAUACCGGAACACUUCAUGGGAUAAUGCAGGAUUUAAAGGUUAUGGAAUACAGAUAGAACAGAUUCGAAUUCUCAAGUCUCCACAAGAGGUAAAACCUGGUGAAAGACACUUCAAUAUGGCAAAAAGUUACCCAAACGAAGAAAAAGAUGCUUGGGAUGUGAAGAUGUUGCUAGAGCAAUUUAGCUUUGAUAUAGCUGAAGAAGCAUCUAAAGUCUGCCUGGCUCAUCUUUUCACAUACCAGGAUUUUGAUAUGGGAACUCUUGGCUUAGCUUACGUGGGUUCUCCCAGAGCAAACAGCCAUGGAGGGGUUUGCCCAAAGGCUUACUACAGCCCAGGUGGGAAGAAAAACAUCUAUUUGAAUAGUGGUCUGACUAGUACAAAAAAUUAUGGUAAAACCAUCCUUACAAAGGAAGCUGACCUGGUUACAACUCAUGAAUUGGGACACAAUUUUGGAGCAGAACAUGAUCCUGAUGGGCUAGCAGAAUGUGCCCCAAAUGAGGACCAGGGAGGAAAGUACGUUAUGUAUCCCAUAGCUGUGAGUGGUGAUCACGAGAACAAUAAGAUGUUUUCAAACUGUAGUAAACAGUCCAUCUACAAGACCAUAGAAAGUAAGGCUCAAGAGUGCUUCCAGGAGCGAAGCAACAAGGUCUGCGGCAACUCCAGGGUGGAUGAAGGAGAAGAGUGUGACCCAGGCAUCAUGUACCUGAACAACGACACCUGCUGCAAUAGCGACUGCACUCUGAAGCCAGGUGUGCAGUGCAGUGAUAGGAACAGUCCUUGCUGUAAAAAUUGUCAGUUUGAGACGGCUCAGAAGAAGUGCCAGGAGGCUAUUAAUGCUACUUGCAAAGGCGAGUCUUACUGCACAGGGAAUAGCAGUGAGUGCCCCCCACCGGGAGAUGCUGAAGAUGACACUGUGUGCUUGGACCUCGGCAAGUGCAAAGCUGGGAAAUGCAUCCCGUUCUGCAAGAGAGAGCAGGAGCUGGAGUCUUGUGCGUGUGCUGACACCGACAACUCAUGCAAGGUGUGCUGCAGGAACCUUUCCGGCCCGUGUGUGCCCUAUGUCGAUGCAGAGCAAAAGAACUUAUUUUUGAGGAAAGGGAAGCCCUGUACAGUAGGGUUUUGUGACAUGAACGGCAAAUGUGAAAAACGAGUUCAGGAUGUAAUUGAGCGAUUUUGGGAUUUCAUUGACCAAUUGAGCAUCAACACUUUUGGGAAGUUUUUGGCAGACAACAUCGUAGGGUCCGUCCUGGUUUUCUCCUUGAUAUUCUGGAUUCCAUUCAGCAUUCUUGUCCACUGUGUGGAUAAGAAACUGGACAAGCAGUAUGAAUCCCUGUCUCUGUUUCAUCACAGUAACAUUGAGAUGCUGAGCAGCAUGGAUUCGGCUUCUGUUCGAAUUAUCAAGCCUUUUCCUGCACCCCAGACUCCAGGUCGUCUGCAGCCCCUGCAGCCAGUCUCCAUGAUGCCGCCAGUGUCUGCGGCUCCAAAACUGGACCACCAGAGGAUGGACACCAUCCAGGAAGACCCUAGCACAGACUCGCAUGUGGACGACGAUGGCUUUGAGAAGGACCCCUUUCCCAACAGCAGUGCAGCUGCUAAGUCUUUUGAGGAUCUCACAGACCACCCCGUCACCAGGAGUGAAAAGGCGGCCUCCUUCAAGCUGCAGCGUCAGAGCCGAGUCGACAGCAAGGAGACAGAGUGCUAGUGCUGGCCUCAUCCUGCUCUAGGAUGUGCACAUGAAGAUGCUCGAGAGCUGAGCGAAACCAAACAUUGUGACAACCCAAGGAACACAGAAGCAACGUACAGGAUGCUGGUCAUGAACGUGACCUUCCUAGGACAACCUGUGUAGGUGUAGGCCCCUUGAAGGGGUGAGGUAAAUCUGGCUUAUUUCACGUUUUUGGGUUUUCUCUUUUAUAAUCUAAAAUCUCCUUUGACCUGUGGCGCAAAAGCAGAAAACAAGGCUGGAUCGAGUGCCUGGGGACAGUCUGUCUGUACACUGUAGUGGUCCCCUGACCACAGGGAAGCACGUGGCAGUUAUUACUGAGGAUAACUGGAAUAGACUUUUCAUCAUUGUGUUUUGCCUUUAGCUGUAAUGUACACUGUCUCUGAAUGUGGCCUGUCUUGGCACUGGAACUUUUGCAGAUGGAAAGUCCUGUCUAUACUUAGGGCCAUAUUGACUAAGAACAGUCUUGUCCAGGAUGAAGACUCUUAGCUUCAGGUGAGGUGUGCAGUAACAGCCAUGUGAACUCAGAGAUGCCUAUUAACUGUCAGGCCCCAUUCACUGGGUAGUUUCUCUGCCUUAAAAAAAAAUAAACCAAUAUUGGGCUGGAGGAUUGGCUGUUGACCCAGCAG